UGGCUCCCAUUUGCUGCAGUGAAGGCGGCACCGGUCACUGGACGACUUCCGCGCACAACAGUGAUGAUACACAUCGCAGUUAGGCGCCACGCUCGACACGUACCGACUCUUGAAUCUUCAUAGCUCGCUUCUCACUGAAUCUCUCCAGUUGAUUCCGAGGCAGAGCAUCAAGGGCUUGAGCUCAGUUAACAUUUACGAGUGCAAUUGCCGGGGCCAAAGCGAAGUCAAAGAUGAAUCCUUCUAACACCAGAUAGCUACACAAAUUUUGUCUGGAUAUUCGAGCUGCUACGGCCAGUGACAGACAGACCAGGUUGAAACAACAAACAGAAAAAAUCCUCCACCUCUUCAAGAUACAGUACUUAUACCAGUCACGCGUAUCGGUAGUAGGAUAGAUGUGUCAACUUACAAGCUUGUACGUCACAACUCAAUUUGCGGUCCGACAGCCACAACUACACCACGCUACUGCCGCACAGUAUGUUUGCCUUCUACGACGAAGUCCCAACCUCCACCUCCCUGCUCUUGCAGUGCGGAUACCGCAGCAAGGUCUGCACCAACCAUCGCGCAACCAAGCUUGACGGUACACUCCACAAGCUCUGCGAGUUCCAUCGACAAAAGGCGAAUCUGAAUCAGCAGCGGCUACACCGGCGUCAGCGCGAGAAGCGUGCGCGUAUCCAACAGAGCGAGUCUACGGUCGAUGAAGUUGGGCGAGCCAAGACUCGCCCGACCAAGAAGAUCCGCACCAGCCUCGAGCCGAUCGUCGAUUCCGUCGCGCAAUCGCCCACGGACAGCUACUCGCAGAUGAGUGGCAGCUAUUGCUGUCCACAGUACACGCCGCUGGUGAGCACCAGUUCCUUCCCGAUGCUCGGAUCCACAGACAUGGACAUCCUGGAAUUGCUGCUGCUAGACAUGCAACCACAGACGUUGCCGCCACUCGAGGCAUUCCUACCGUCGAGCGCUGACGACAUGGGAUCGGUCGUCGUGUAGAUAAGAACGACGACGUAAAAUUUUUGUCGUGCGUAUUAAGAUAACAGUUUUUUUUAAAAGGUAAACGUGUGGUAACGAAAUCAGCUUUCUCAUUUGAUACCAA